AUGUUCCCUUUGGAUUUGUUGACUGCUGUCCGGCUCCGGUUUCCCAUGGUGGCGCCACGGAGCCUUGCUUUGGUAGAGGUGGCCAAGCGCGAAGGUGGUCCUUGGUACGAAGCUAUCCUCCGUGACUUGCAGUUCGAUAAGGUGCACAUGGCAGAUCGGAGCUGGAUACUGUAG